CUUAAACGAACAGUAUUAAAUAAGAAAAAAAAAAAACAUCGUCUCAAUCUAAAAAUUCAAACAUCCAUCCAUGACUUUAUUUCCUUCCCCGUCCGCUGCAGCUUCUAGAUGAGCCGCCGCCUCCUGAGCCGACUCUCCAUAGACAAAGCCCUCCUCCACCUCCCCUCGCUCGCCAAAUCCUCUCUCUUCCUCCUCUCCCUCCUCCGCCGUCUCCUUUCCAAAUCCCUCCGCUUCAUGGACUCUCUCCUCUUCUCCAACGACGACGACGCCGUUCUCUCCACCUUCGACCACUCCUUCCUCCCCCCGUCCUUCUCCGACCCCGGCGAGUCCCUCUUCCUCGUCCCCUUCAGGUGGUGGAAGGAUGCCAUGUGCGGCGGUUGCAGGCUCGAGGGCGCGGAUGGAGUCCGCGGCGUUUUGUACAAUGCGAUGGUGCAAUUGAACGGUGGUGGGGUGGGGGAUGGCUGGGAGGGAGAUUUUAUUGGGGGUUUUAGGGAUUCUGAGAUUUUGGUGGGUAUGAGGAGGGAAGAGGAGGCUGAGGCUAGUGGGGAAGAAGGGGUUUCUGGCGGCAGUGGGGAUUUGGCGUUGGUGUCGGAGUGGAUGUUCUUCACUACUCUUAAAUGGCAUUUUGAUAGGGGGAAUGUGGAAAGUUCAUAUCCUGGAGGCGAUAGUGCACACGAUUUAUUCACUUUGAAGAUUAGACUUUUAUUUAUGAGUGAAGAAAGACAUUUGGUCAUUAAGAUUAGCGAAAAGUUGUAUAUCUGGGACUUCUCAGGUCAGACAAACCAGUUAUUUGGUAUUGACACUGUGGAUUCAGGUCAACCAAAUGAGGAGGUUAGGUUAGAUUUGAAAAUCUUUGGCUUGCCCUCUACCAUCAAUGACGAAGAGAGGCAAAAUGGUUAUAUGCAAGCGGAGGAGUCUAUGAUUGGUAGUCCUUCGACCAGUUCGCCACAUAGGAUGAAUGGCUGUGUGGAUAAAGUGAAUAAGUUUUCCAGGAUUACGCCAGAAGUUGGUAGUGGCCCUUAUUGCACUGGUUCUUUGGGUUUGACUGGAUUGUAUAAUCUUGGAAAUACUUGUUUUAUGAACAGUGCUAUCCAGUGCUUGGUGCAUACUCCAAAGCUUGUUGAUUAUUUUCUAGCAAACUACCGGAGAGAUCUGAAUUGUGAAAAUCCACUGGGCAUGAAUGGAAAGCUUGCUAUAGCAUUCGGAGACUUAUUAAGAAAGUUGUGGUCCCCAGGGGCCACACCAGUAGCUCCUAGGAUGUUCAAAUCUACUAUUGCUAGUUUUGCUCCGCAAUUUAGUGGGUACAAUCAGCAUGAUUCCCAAGAAUUUCUUUCCUUUUUAUUGGAUGGACUCCAUGAAGAUCUCAACCAUGUGAAAACAAAACCUUACGUACAAGCAAAAGACGAAGAUGGUCGUCCUGAUGAUGAAGUAGCGGAUGAAUACUGGAAUAACCAUUUAUCUCGCAAUGAUUCAAUCAUUGUCGACCUAUGUCAAGGGCAAUAUAGAUCAACUUUGGUUUGUCCAGUUUGCAAAAAGUUGUCCAUCACAUUUGAUCCAUUUAUGUACCUGUCGUUGCCGCUUCCUUGUUCAAAAUUGCGAACGAUGACUCUGACAGUCUUAAGCUCUGAUGGGACUACAAUGCCACAUCCAGUUACAAUAAGAGUCCCGGAUGAUGGGACCCUCAAAGACCUCAUUGAGGCCUUGGGAAUAGCUUGUUCAUUAAGGGAAGAUGAAACACUAUUAAUUACUGAGAUAUUCGGUCACUCAAUCCUCCGGAUUCUGAACGACCCUGGUGAUUCAAUUGAGUUGAUUAGAGACUAUGACAAACUCGUUGCCUACAGAUUGCCAAAAGAUAUGGAUGAAUCUUCUUUGGUCGUGUUUUUGCAUCAAGAGGGCAGAAAGAAGUUUGGCAUCCCUCUCGUGGCAAGGAUACCAAAUCCUUUUGAAGAGUCCGAUUUACGUAAACAAUUUCUCAACCUCAUUAAUCCAUUCUUACUGUCUGGUGAAGAGCUCUUGAAUGAUGAUGCCUCACAAAAGAUUACCCAUGAAGAUGAAUUGAUAGAUUUUGAUGGAUUUUUCGAAGAGGCUUCAAUUUCUAACAACGAAAGCGAUUCAGAUGUUCUAUGUGACUUUGAGUUUUCUUUAGAGAGAAGCUCUUAUGUUCAUUUUAGCCCCAUCAAGUUACAGAUGGAUAUUCCUAUGACCAUGUCAAGUUCUGGUCGGCCAAUCCAAGUGCUUGUUUCUUGGCCAGAGAAAAUGGUUCUGAAUUAUGACACUGCGAUUCUGAGCUUAUUGCCCGAAGUUUGCAGAGGAUUCAAUUCCAAGUACACCCAAGAUUCUAUUUCACUGUAUAGUUGUGUUGAUGCGUUUUUGAAAGAGGAGCCUCUUGGACCAGAAGACAUGUGGUAUUGCCCUAAUUGCAAGGAGCAUAGGCAGGCAAGCAAAAAAUUGGAUCUCUGGAGGUUACCAGAGAUUCUCGUCAUUCAUUUAAAAAGAUUUUCGUACACCAGAUUCUUGAAAAACAAGCUGGAAGCCUUUGUGGACUUCCCCAUUGAUGAGUUAGAUCUCUCUAAUUAUGUUAUUCGAAAGAUUAACACGGUUGGCCAUCGUUACAUGUUGUUUGCCAUGAGUAAUCAUUAUGGUGGCAUGGGUGGUGGUCAUUAUACUGCAUUUGCUAAACAUAAGCUUGAUAGAUGGUAUGAGUUUGACGAUGGCCGUGUAAACCCUGUUACUGAGGAGCAGAUAAAGACGCAAGCUGCUUAUGUCCUCUUCUACAAGAGAAUAUAGAUUUUUUUACAAUUGCGAAAAUGGGUGAAGUAAAUUUCGCAUUCAAUACAUUAAAGUGCUGUGGAAAAUCAGCUAUUGAAGCUAUAGGAAAUAUUUUUUUAGAUCAAUUGAUGUACAUAUGAUUUUGUUAUUUUUUUUUUUUUACUUUGUUGUUUGACAGACGGUUUUUAAUUUUUAUUUGACGAUGGUGGAAUUACAACAGAGACGAGCAGGCCAAGAUAAAACCAGGCCAAAGUUAAAAAAUAAUAUUUGCAAAAAAUGUCUCCUGUUUCGAAUUUUCUUUGGAACGAAUCACAGAAUUCUCGAAUAAUUUGAGUUAAAA